CUUAAAGUUGCCAAAGUUGGAGAUCUCUGAUCUAAACGACGUUUAGAAAAAACGUCAAAAUCCGGCAGAUUGAGACGAGCUGACAGACCGGAUAGAUCGCUCUUCGAGCUGGUUGGGGCUGCUCUCCGCUGGUUUUCGCUCUUUACUCUGGUACAAGAGGACUGGCGAGGUUGAAAGAGGCACAGUCACAGAAUAAAGUAUAAAGGAUUAAUAUGAACAAUUUCCUGGACGAUCGGGCAAAGAGGAAUAGAUGACCAGCCAUUUUCUCUCUCGACCUUCAUUAUUCAGUUCCAAAUAUGACCGUCUGGAAACGUCUCCUGUGGCCUCUGCUGUGUGCAGCAACCGCGCUCUGUGUUGCGAAAGAUUGCAGUAAUCAUACAUCCAUAGUUGGUGUUGAAGGAGAAGAUAUUGUUUUGUCACCAUCAGUUGCAGGCGAUGGCAACCUAACAAGAAUUCGUUGGAAGAAAGGAAAAAAUAUAGUGGCUGACUCCUAUAGUUUUCCUCCUGGAAAGGAAAAACAAAGACUGAAUCUUGAUUCUUCCUCUGGCGAGUUGUUUCUCAAAAACCUUUCAAAAGAGGAUACUGGAAAUUACACAGCAGCAGUUUUCAUUAAUGAGAAAAUCAAAGAAACAUGUUUUGAUCUGAAAAUACUAGAAAGGCCUGAUAUAAACUGCACUAUUAACAACGAUACCAUUCAAUUAAACUGCACAUCAGCAAGUCAGGAUGUACCUCUGAGAUACUCUUGGGAGAACAUCAGAAAUGAAGAAAUUAUCUCUGAGAAUGGUUCGGUUGUUCUGCUUCAGAGGAACGCAAACCGUUUUCAGAAAAUUACAUGUUAUGUUCUAGCUUUUGAUUCAAGUGCCAGCACUUCCAUCAAGCUGAGUGACUGUAUACCAGUAGAAGGGUACAGUUGGGACAACUGGAUGGAGUAUAAUGCUACUACAUUUUUAAAAGAACCUGAUCAUCAAUCAAGAAGUAGAAUGCCUUUAAUUGCAAUACCAAUAAUUCUAGUUCUAAUGCUGGUACUUUUCUGCUACAUAAAGAAGUAUUUGAAAAAAAGGAAAGAAAGUAAGAUCCUUAAUGAGUCAGAAUCUGAAGCAAAGAAUGCAAGAGGAAAUUGCAAGGAAGAGAAUUCUGAGUUGCCAGAAGAAGAAAGAGAAUCACUUACUAAAUUUGAAUUGGAGAGUGUUGGGGGAAAAGAAAAAAGUGAAGAGUACUGGCCCUACAAUAGAACCUUGGAGAACUUCACUGCAUGCUUCUCUUCAUGUAGAUGCUGUUUCAUUGAGGACUACACAUUGAGUGCGGUUGGUCACCCAGCUACAAAUCCAUCUGGUGGUGAUGCUAUUUUCCCACAUUGUUUUAUCUUACCAAAAACUUCUAGGCUUGAAUCUUGACAGGAGUCAGGUGUGACUUUUUCAAGGAUGAAAAGUGACAACACGAAAGUACCUCUGCAGACUCUCUUCAGUCUAAUUCAUGCAUUACCUCCUUUUAUCAGUUUUGCUGAAUUUUAAUUGGUUUUAUUUUGCUUGUCAACUGUUUUUAUUUUUUAUUCGUAUCAAGUUCUAAUUUACUGUGGAAUUUUAAAUAGUUGUGGACUGCUUUAUUUAUUUCAUGAGCUCUUUUGUGUACUACUAUGGAAGCAACCUAUGGAAGCAAUCAAGAGGCAGUAAGAAAAGAAAGAAAAGAAAAGUGAUACAGAAUAAACUCAGAAUUGGUGGCUCCUUCAAAACUAUUGAAUCAGCCUAAAAUUGCUGAAUAUUUAGCAACAAAGAGCAAAACAAAACAAAACAACAGUGAGUAUAGUCAGUAAUAAAAUAAAACCAAGGAGAUGAUGUUUUUAUUGGCUGUGUUGUUCUGGAAUAGGACUUAAAAACUGAGACUGAGCACCAGCAACUGCUUGAUCUUUUUUCCUCUCUGGGAAGAAUUAUUACCAACUGAAUGAUUUAACAGCAGAGUCUCAGCCUGAGGCCGACACACCCCUUGCCACCCUCUUCAUCUUUUUCUAAAGCAGGUCAACUUGAAUAUUUAAGAAAUGAAUAAGUCUCACAACAAGACAAUGCUUUCUAACUGCACAGACAAGUCAUUUCUAUUUUUGGAGCUAUUGUCAACAAUAAAUAAAUAAUAAGGUGGAUACUUUGGGGAGAAGAUCUUUGAAAGAGCUAAUCAAAGUCAUUCAAACAAAUCAAACGGAAAUGGAAGAAUUCUGAUGUUAAGAAUUGCACAUGACAAUACCCUGCCUGUUUCUUAGUUUUUAUAUAACUUUACAAAAGCCAUAAUCCUUACUCACUCUUUUGCACCAAUUUGUACAUGAGGCUUUGAAGACUAAAUUUUUUUAAAUACUCUUUUUUCAUAUUUAGUGCCUCCUUCAAAUAUGUUUCCACUAAUAUUCAUAAAGCUGUGACUUUUUCAAGAAUUAUGAAGUGUGCCAGAAAUGAAAUAUUUGUAUUAUUUUUUUACUGAAGUUCAUAUGGUUUUUCAGAUAUAUAGAUAUAGAUAUAUAAUUUUAUAAACACUCCACUGGUUAGCACUGAUAGCUUUGGAAUUUUAAAUGUUUGUAAAGCUGGUUCCUAGUUCUCAUAAUUAUGGGAAAAAUCUCAAAUCCAGAUUUCUGCUGCUGAGGUGCCAUGUUGAAUUGGGCAGCAGUUACCCUUCUCCUCCACUGUGUUGCUAUCGUGUUUCCUACAGGAUGCUCAUGGAUGCCAAUUGCCAAUCUGACAUGGCAGUGUGCUGAUUUACUUUACUAUCUUUAUCCUCCACCAGUUUAAAUGAUCAUUCAACUUUUGACUAUUGUAUUGUUUAAUAAUUCAGUAGAAAAUGUUUUGUCCUUCUUCACUUAACUUAUUGUAUAACUAUUGCAAUAAUUAACUCUGAGUCUGAAGUCAAAAUGACAAGAGAAAAUGGGAAACACCCAUUGUUCUGAAGGGGAACAGGUUUUUGCAUCUGUGAUAUGAAAGAACAGCCCAAAAUUGGAGUUAUUUCAAAGAAGAGAAAGAUGAGAUUAGAUCUUUAAAAUCACUUUCAACAAUAUGAUUCCAUAAGAUAAAAGGCAUGGCAUAAGAAAGGGAAAUAUAGCCAAAUCUCAUUAUAUGGCACCAUACCUCUCCAUAUCUUUGUGCAGAAAACAAUACAGUUAAAAGAAAAGAAAGGGAUAAAAAUAAUUAAAGAAAUGACUUUCAAAUUUUAUUACAGCAACUAAAAUUAAAAUUUCACUUUAGAUUUUUAUUCAGGAAUGCUGGUGCUUGGAUAGUAAUAAAUACUUGGAUAGUAAGAAAUUCUAUAAAUCUCAAAAAAAAACAACCCUUUAACUCUGGGAGUAUGAGUGAUAGAAAGAGUAAAGGAACAAACAAGUGUGUUUUUGCAUACAUACAUAGGUGCAAACAAAAAUAUAGCAGAUAUCAGAGACAUCAAAACUGUUACAGAUUUCAGAGGGAGGCAGAGCUGACGUCGCUACGACACAAAGGGCGAUCGGGAAGCUCCCAGAUCGCCCUCGAUAUCUUCCCUGCUGGACAGUCCCCUUGGGACCUCAAUGUCCUGUAGAGACAGUGAUUGAGAAGGGCACAUCCUGAGGAUCCCAAGGACACUGCAAAGUCCCUGGUUGAUCCAAGAGAAGCCCUUUUUUCCCAGCGGAGAAGGGGCAGCCCUUAAGCUGCUGAAGUUGGGACAGCUCCAGAGCGGAAGAGAGUGAAAGCAGCGUGUCGGUGUGGUGAGAGACUUUUUGCUUUUAAUAAAUGAUUAGAGAGAACACCUUUAGAAGAAAAAAUAUAGCUAAAAUUGCAAGAUGCCAAAAUAAGAGGAGGGUUUGGACUGCCUAACUGGGAAUGAUACUAUCGGGCAACAAACUUGAUGUAGGUCAAGGAAUGGAUAACAUUAAGGAAUACUAGAAUAUUGACUUUAGAAGGACAUGACUUGUUAUUGGGAUGGCAUGCCUUUCUAUGGUAUAAGGAAGCCAAAACACGGGUAUUUCAAAAGACAUUUUAUAAGAGAGGCCUUGUUAUUAAUUGGGAGACGAUUAAGAGACAAUGCUAUUUAAAAAUUCCAGUCUGGUUAUCAACUAUUGAAGCAUUCUCAUGUUCAAUAAUAUUUAGAAAGGAACAAAUUAUUUGAUAUUGUUGAAUGAAAAAGGUGAACUCAAAUCUAAGCAAGAAUUACAACUUCAAGGUAUAAAAAUGAAUUGGUUCUCAUAUUUGCAAAUACACUCUAGACAUGAUAAAGAUGUCUAGGUUUUUAUAACAAUUUGACUAACCUAGAUAAAAUGUUAACAGGUACUAAUGAAAAUCUGAUUAAAAAACUAUAUGGACAUUUAUUAGAGGUGAAAAUGAUAGAAGCACAAUUUAAAGAAAUUGAUUGCGUGGGGGAAAAACUUUGGAUAUGGGAUUGACUUAGAGGUGUGGCAAAAAUUGUCGCAAAACUAUAAAAUGACAAUGUCAUUGCAUAUAAAGAGAAUUUGUAUAAGAUGUUUUACAGGUGGCACUUACCCCUGACGAGAAUUGCCAGAAUAAAUCUGAAAAAUGUUGGAAAUGUCAUCAGAUACCUGGCUCAUAUUACCAUAUGUGAUGGACGUGCGUAGAAGCUAAAAGUUAUUGGACUAAAAUCCACAGGUGGUUGGAAAAAAUGAUUAAAAAACAUAGACUUUAAACCAGAGGUUUUUUUUAUUGGGGAUCAUACCCGAAAUUUAUAAUAGAGAAAUGAGAUAUUUGAUGGUGAAUGUAAUUAUCAGCGGCUAGAAUUGUGUUUGCUAGAAACUGGAAAAAUGAGGAAAUACCAAAGCAAGAUGAAAUUAUUAAGAAAAUAAUGGAAUGUGCAGAAAUGAGUAAAUUGACAUUUGAGAUUAGAGAACAGGAAGAUAAACAAUACUAUAAGAUAUGGGAUUUAUUUUAUCAAUGGCUAGAUAAAAAAAUAGAUUGAAGUUUGACAGAUAUUUAUAACGUAAGAAUUGUUGAAAAACAAAAUAUAACGUAAUAUCAUUGGUUUGAAUUAAGAAAAGGAAAUGAAUGAUACAAAUAUAAUUAAUGUAAAAUCUAGUACAAUUUAUAUUGAGGCAAGGGGAGAAACAUUCAGAGUUAAACAAAAGAUCAAUUGAUUAAAAUAUUUGGAUGUAUAUCAGAUUGGUAAAAGGUAAAAUAAGAUAAAUUACAUUUUAUUAAUAUGGUGAAAUUGCACAAAAGCUUUGUAAACAACCUGUACAGACACACUAUCUGUAUUUUGAUUGAAGAUGUUUUUAUGUCUGUCUAGAAAAAAAAUAUUCCAAAACACCUGUUACAGAUUUCUUUCACAAAUGAUCUCUUCCUUCUGAAUAGAAGGAAAUCAGUGAUUGCUCUGGGCAAACUCAGCUCUCAUUUUUUAACUGCACUAAUGGAAGGAAAAUAGUGCAAUGAUUCCUAAAUGUCACAUUUCUUUUCAAAAAAAAUUAUACGAGCAGAACUGUAAAAUGUUAAUUUUGACUGUACUUUAAAUUGGAGUUUGUUUCUAUUAAAUUAAAAUAAAUGUAAAAGCAACUACUGGUAUAAAUAAAUGUAAAAGCAACAAUAAAAACACAAUGGAUGUCCAUUUCACUGUC